CGUCCGGGUGCGGAACGACUGGCGACCAGACCAGUACGACAUAGCCCAGCAGUUCGUUCAGCUCAGCAGACGAGGAGGCGACGAGUUGAGUGACAUAAUCGGGUGGCCUGAACCGAGAAGCCGAGAACAGCGCAUUGACCUCAUUUUGGUGUUAUCAUCAGUGUUGAUAAGCUCCGACUCUUGAUUUCUAUUGCCUGGCUGAGGCACAACAACAGAGUUUGGUGGUGCAGUGUAUCGUCGUAUGGUGUGGUCAGGGUGCUUGUUGCGAGUUGCGUUUUACUUUUAGAUAUUAGCUGGACUGGUCAAGCAAAAUGUCUCAAGGAAUGGUCAUCUCGCAGCCAGACCAGAAAGGUCAGCAGUACCAGACCCAGUAUGGAGUUGAUAACCAGGCGAUGCAGAUGACGCCGCAGUCCGUGGUGGUGCAGCCGGGCAUGGCUGGACAUCCAGGAGGUCCAAUGAUGAUGGGACCGCCUCCAAUGAUAUCCAUGCCAGCUGGGCUACCACCAGGUUUGGCUUACCUGGCAGGCUUGGAUGAGAUCCGAGUACAUCAAAUCCUGGAGAUUGUUGAAGUUCUGGUGGGCUGGGAGAGGAAUAAUCGCUACAACAUCUGCAACAACCAGGACCAGAAGUUCAUGUUUGCCAAAGAAGACACGGACUGCUGUACCAGGCAAUGUUGUGGCAUUUACCGUCCUUUCGUUAUGAACAUCACGGACAACUACGAUCAGCCACUGAUGACCUUGAACCGACCUUGGCGCUGCACCCCAUCGCUGUUCUGGUGCUGCUACCUGCAGGAGAUGGAGAUCCAGUCGCCUCCAGGGGUCAUGCAAGGGACCAUCAAGCAGAU